AUGGUUAAAGAUACAAAAUAUUACGAUAUAUUAGGUGUAAAACCAAAUUCCACUGCUGAUGACAUCAAAAAAGCUUAUCGAAAGCAGGCCUUGAAGCUUCAUCCUGAUAAAAAUCCAGACAAUGAUCCAGAACAAUUCAAAUUACUUUCACAAGCGUAUGAAACAUUAUCAGAUGAUAAAAAACGUCAAAUAUACGAUCAAGGCGGUGAACAAGCACUGAAAGAAGGUGGUGUUGGAGCCGGUCAUUUUAGUUCGCCAUUCGAUCUUUUUGAUGCAUUUUUUGGUGGCGGUGGCCGUAGUCGUUUUGGUCAUGGUGGCGGCGGUGAACAACGUGGUAAAAAUCUUGUACAUCAAUUAGCAGUAUCUUUAGAAGAAUUGUAUAAUGGUACAGUCAGAAAAUUAGCACUGCAAAAGAACGUUAUUUGUGAUAAAUGUGAAGGACGUGGCGGAAAGAAAGGUGCUGUCCAGAAAUGCAUGACAUGUCAUGGUAGUGGCUUUGUGAUUCGUGUCAAUCAGUUAGCACCAGGAAUGAUUCAGCAAAUUCAAUCUCAUUGUUCCGAGUGUGAUGGAAGAGGAGAAAAAAUAAAUCCAAAAGAUAAAUGUAAAACAUGCGAUGGAAAGAAAAUUGUACGUGAAAGAAAAAUUAUUGAAGUACAUAUUGAUAAAGGAAUGGAAGAUGGGAAAAAGAUUACGUUCAAUGGAGAAGGAGAUCAAGAGCCGGGUUUGGAACCGGGCGAUAUUGUUGUUGUAUUAGAUGAGAAAGAACAUCCACAAUUUAAACGCGAUAAAACCGAUUUACAUAUGACAAUGUCUAUUACGUUGAGUGAAGCUCUGUGUGGAUUUCAAAAAGUGAUAAAUACACUUGAUAAUAGAGCACUUGUUAUUACAUCGCUUCCGGGAGAUAUAAUCAAACCUGGUGAUAUCAAAUGUUUAUUGAAUGAAGGAAUGCCGGUUUAUCGUAAUCCAUUGGAUAAAGGUCGUCUUGUAUUACAUUUUGAUGUAAAAUUUCCUGAGAAAAAUGAAAUUAACGAUAAAAAUUUCGCAUCAUUAGAAAAUUUAUUACCACCACGGGCUGUUGUCCAAAUACCAAUGGAUGCUGAAGAAUGUUUAUUAGUGGAUUUUGAUCCAAGACAACAGCGAAAUCAUCGACAUGACGCAUACGAUGACGAUGAUCCGAGACGUGGUGGAGCGACACAAGUAAAUUGUGCCACACAUUAA